AUGUGUGCUUCUAACAAAAAUUUAAAAUUUGAGACAGCAAUAAAAGAUUUAAAAGUAGAAUUUUCUAAAGCAGUGACUGAACUAGAAUUUAUUGAAGCAAUGCUGGAUUCAGAAAUAAUUCGUAAAUAUGAAAUUGAACAUAAAGCGCCAAUAAAUCCGUCUAAAGCUUUAAAUAAAAUUACAAGAUUAAAGAAUGAACUGGAAUCUUUAAAAAAUGAUUUUAAAUGCGAAAUUAAUCAUGAUUUAUAUCAACAAUUAUGUAUAAAUAAAGAAUUAUUGGAGAAACUGCAACAAAAAGCUGGUAUAUCUAACAAUAUUGAUGGAUAA